UGUCUCAUUUUCUUUUCCCAUUAAGAUUCCAGAAACUUAUUUCAUUAGAGAUCCCCAUACAUUCCUCCUGACAAAGGACUUUAUUAAGGUAUAUAUGGCCAUAUUUAGUGUUAAAAGUGUUCUUUUGUGUUUACUUGCACGCAUGAAAUCACACAUUAGCAUUUCCAGAUUUACCCAGCUUCUGGUAAUAAGAAUGGUGAUGUGGCUAACUGAAGCAUGUUUGGAAGGAGAAGCAACGCUUGUCUACAAAAUACUAACACUUGGAUGAUUCUGCACCCUGGGAAAAGAGCACCCGGCGAAUUUUCUGGCCUUUUUUCAUGGCUGACUUGGAAUACACUUGCAUUGUCAAGAGUGUGUUGACCUCUCUGUUUGACACAUAUUGAUUAUGACAGUCACCCUCCUUGCCCUGCAGGCCAUGGAAGCGCAGAUACAGAACUUUGGACAGACACCAUCUCAGUUGCUUAUUGAGCCACAUCCACCUCGGAGCUCUGCCAUGCACCUGUGUUUCCUUCCACAGAGCCCACUCAUGUUUAAAGAUCAGAUGCAACAGGAUGUGAUAAUGGUGCUGAAGUUCCCAUCAAAUUCUCCAGUGACCCAUGUGGCCGCCAACACCCUGCCCCACCUGACCAUCCCUGCAGUGGUAACAGUGACCUGCAGCCGACUGUUUGCAGUGAACAGAUGGCACAACACAGUAGGUCUCCGAGGAGCUCCAGGAUACUCAUUGGAUCAAGCCCAUCAUCUUCCUAUUGAAAUGGAUCCCUUAAUUGCCAAUAACUCUGGUGUGAACAAACGGCAGAUCACAGACCUUGUGGACCAGAGUAUACAAAUCAAUGCACAUUGUUUUGUGGUCACAGCAGAUAAUCGCUAUAUUCUAAUCUGUGGAUUCUGGGAUAAGAGCUUCAGAGUUUAUUCUACUGAAACAGGCAAAUUGACUCAGAUUGUAUUUGGCCACUGGGAUGUGGUUACAUGUCUGGCCAGGUCUGAAUCCUACAUUGGUGGAGACUGCUACAUCGUGUCUGGAUCCCGAGAUGCCACCUUGCUUCUCUGGUACUGGAGUGGGAGGCACCAUAUCAUAGGAGACAACCCCAAUAGCAGUGACUAUCCUGCACCGAGAGCUGUCCUCACAGGCCAUGACCAUGAAGUUGUCUGCGUAUCUGUCUGUGCAGAACUUGGACUUGUUAUAAGUGGUGCUAAAGAGGGCCCUUGCCUUGUCCACACCAUCACUGGAGACCUGCUGAGAGCCCUGGAAGGACCAGAAAACUGCUUGUUCCCACGCUUGAUUUCUGUAUCCAGUGAAGGCCACUGUAUCAUAUACUAUGAACGAGGACGAUUCAGCAAUUUCAGCAUCAAUGGGAAGCUUUUGGCUCAAAUGGAGAUCAAUGAUUCAACACGGGCCAUUCUCCUGAGCAGUGAUGGCCAGAACCUAGUGACUGGAGGGGACAAUGGUGUGGUGGAGGUCUGGCAGGCCUGUGACUUCAAACAACUAUACAUUUACCCUGGAUGUGAUGCUGGCAUUAGAGCUAUGGACUUAUCCCAUGACCAGAGGACUCUGAUUACUGGCAUGGCUUCUGGCAGCAUCGUAGCUUUUAAUAUAGAUUUUAAUCGGUGGCAUUAUGAGCAUCAGAACAGAUACUGAAGAGAAAUAAAAAACCAGAAUCCAAGUUCAAGUGAGAGCACAAGUGCUGCAUGGAAAGGCAAUAUCUCUGGUGGGAACACUCGUCUGCAUCAGCCUCUGUUUGUACAUUCCAUCACACCCAGCAAUAGCUGUCCAUUGUAGUCAGCAACCAUUUCACUUUGUGUGUUUUUUCAGGACUGAACACCAGCUGCUAUCAAGCAAGCUUAUAUCAUGUAAAUUAUAUGAAUUAGGAGAUGUUUUGGUAAUUAUUUCAUAUAUUGUUGUUUAUUGAGAAAAGGUUGUAGGAUGUGUCACAAGAGACUUUUGACAAUUCUGAGGAACCUUGUGUCCAGUUGUUACAAAGUUUAAGCUUUGAACCUAACCUGCAUCCCAUUUCCAGCCUCUUUUCAAGCUGAGAAAAAAAAUCACGUUUGAUACUUUGUACAUCAGAUGCAUCUUAUUUAAAGGGAUACUUUUGUAAAAGUAAAACCUUGUAUAAAGAACAAAACGUUUCUUAAUUUUAUUGUGGAGUUACAACUUGCAUGUUCUUUACUCCGAUGUCUCAAUGGAAUAGGUGCAUUCAUGCUAUGAAACAGAACGAUCUGUCCAAGGACACAGCUUGUAUGAAAGGGUUGAAUUUGGGCUCAAUCAAUAAUUUUUGACAUAUUCACCAAAAUAUGGUUUUCACUUUUUAAUCUAAAUUCAUCCCUUCUAAGUGAAAUUUGCUCAUAAAACAUUUGGAUACUAAGCCAUUAUUUGCCAUUUUUGGUACUUUAUACAAAGAAAAUUCAGCCCUACCCUUUAUAAUUUGAAGACACAGCAGGAAGGGGGCUUAGGGAUGAGGUCCUGGUUUUUAUUGUAUGAUAGGAGUCAUGAUCAUUAGUUCCACAGUAAUGACUUCCCAACACCUGGACAUCUCUUCCAGAGUCAUCCCACAGGCUUAGUGUUUGUACAUUUGGGGAGGAGAAUGAUGCUAACUGUUUUUUUUUCCCUCUUUGGUUCAUGAAUAGCUUAGUUUCUUUAAUAACAAGUCAGACUUUAUUACAACAAUAACUGAAGAUACUCUUUUAAGUUCUUGUGAAAUUCUCACCUAAAGUCACAUUCUUAGCCUAAGGCACUUCAUCUUCUAUGAUGUAAAAUGAUGGCUAUCAAAUGAUUUUCCAUACAUUGUACUGAUCCAGUUAUACACCCAGGGGUAUAUACUUUAUUCAUGUUUCUUCUUUGUAUAUUUGGUGACUGUAUUGUCAUAGAUGUACAUAUUGUGUCGGUAGGGCUAUGAGGCAUGUUACAGGAAUGUAAUUUUCUCAGAAUUUACACUCACUUGCAGUCAUUUAUUUAAAAAGAUAAAGCAAGAUAAUGGGUUCUUUGUAUUGGCACUUUGCACCAGAAACAUAUCAUUAUUUAUUGAUGUGAUUACUUAUUUGUUAUCCACCUUGUACUAGUAAGUUUUAGCACUGAAUUAUUCCUUCUUCAUUGUUGUUUGUAUUUAUGAAAUUCUGAAAUUAUGGGGAAUCAGUGUAAUGAUUAAGUUAUUCAUCACCAGGCUGUAAGCAAUAUCUUGAGUUUGUAGCUUAGAACUGGGAGGAUACUGAACAUCUGGAAGACAAGUUCAUUUCAUCUUGAGAUCAUGGUGAAAUAUUUUGGAUAUAUAAAUUCCUUAAGCUAUUGUAACCAUGUUUUAUUGCAAAGAUGUAAAAUAUGCCAGAUGUGUGUGAGUUGGAAAUCAAAAAAAGAAAAAUAAAAUAUGCAAAGAAUUCAC